UGACUUAUCUCAAGCAAUGCCCAAAGAGUCCCAUUUCUUUCUUGGUCGGACCAAGCAAGCCUACUAUUUCCUUUAAGUCUUUCCUAAUUUUUAGAGCAAGAAGCGGAACUACAAGAAAGCUUUCUUUUUGAUGUCUUUUCUAAGUUACGGUCUUCAGAGUAUUCGCGUUGAGAAAAUACCUAAUAAUCCCUUUACUUACUUUAAAGAAGUUCUUGAGGGGAUACCAAUUCAAAUUGGGAACCCACCAGUUCAAAUUCUUGAGGGGAUACCAAUUCAAAUUGGGAACCCACCAGUUCAAGUUCUUGAGGGGAUACCAGUUCAAAUUCUUGAGGGGAAACCAGUUCAAAUUCUUGAGGGGAUACCAGUUCAAAUUCUUGAGGGGAAACCGUGUGAGAUUAUAGAACAUUUAAACGGUGAUAACUAUGACUAUGCCCUAGAACAAUUCAACAACUAUGACUAUGCCCUAGAACAAUUCAACAACAUUGCAGGGGGGACACCUCCGACGAUCACCAGUCCACUUGAGCAAUUUUCCAUUAUCCCAUUGAUUCCUAUGAAGAUAGGAAACUUGUAUUUCUCAUUCACAAAUUCAUCUUUGUUUAUGCUGCUAACUCUCAGUUUAGUCCUACUUCUGAUUCAUUUUGUUACUAAAAAAGGAGGAGGAAACUUAGUACCAAAUGCUUGGCAAUCCUUGGUAGAGCUUAUUUAUGAUUUCGUGCUGAACCUGGUAAAUGAACAAAUAGGGGGUCUUUCCGGAAAUGUUAAACAAAAGUUUUUCCCUUGCAUCUUGGUCACUUUUACUUUUUUGUUAUUUUGUAAUCUUCAGGGUAUGAUACCUUAUAGCUUCACAGUUACAAGUCAUUUUCUCAUUACUUUAGGUCUCUCAUUUUCUCUUUUUAUUGGCAUUACUAUAGUGGGAUUUCAAAGAAACGGGCUUCAUUUUUUAAGCUUCUUAUUACCCGCAGGAGUCCCACUGCCGUUAGCACCUUUUUUAGUACUUCUUGAGCUAAUUUCUUAUUGUUUUCGCGCAUUAAGCUUAGGAAUACGUUUAUUUGCUAAUAUGAUGGCCGGUCAUAGUUUAGUAAAGAUUUUAAGUGGGUUCGCUUGGACUAUGCUAUGUAUGAAUGAUAUUUUGUAUUUUAUAGGGGAUCUUGGUCCUUUAUUUAUAGUUCUUGCAUUAACCGGUCUGGAAUUAGGUGUAGCUAUAUUACAAGCUUAUGUUUUUACGAUCUUAAUCUGUAUUUACUUGAAUGAUGCUAUAAAUCUCCAUUAAAGUGGUUAUUUAUUUAUAAUUGAACAAAAGCGAGGAGGCGAAGCCGCUUUACCGAAUUGUAGAGGUGAAGGAACGAGAACUUCCCCCGAAUCGACAAAAAGAUUCCGAGCACGUCUGGUCAAAGUAUAUCUUGUCUUUACCACGAGCCAUUUUCCGGCUAACAAAAAUUUAAGUUUUGCACAUAUCCGCGGGUUCUUCAAUUUUAUUUAUUCCUCAUA